CAAGAUGGCGGCCUCCAUGCGUUGCCGAAUUUUCGCUUUUUUUGUGAUUAUUUUCGAAAUAAUUCAUCAAUCUGAAGCUGUGCCAGAUAAAACCGAAAAGGCACUCUACGACUUUCUUCUAAGCAUCAACUUCUACAGCAUAAUUACAACUGUAGCAGUUUUACUCUUGGGAUGGUUGCUGCUGUCUGGUCGGAAGACAAGGAUCAAUGUCAAGAAAGGUUACAAUGGUCCUCAAGUCGAGAAGACAGUCCCAACAAAUCUUGUUGGGAGUUUAGCUCAAAAGAUUACAAAAGCAAAUGUUGAGAACAUCGGCUCUUCACGUGACUGCGGCUGUCAGAAGGAGAAAAAGAAGAGUUUGAAAGUAUUCUAUGGAACUCAGACAGGCAUAGCAAAGAGCUUUGCAGAGAGGUUGGCGGAAGUGGCCACAUUGAAGCAGAUUGAUUGUGAAGUAGUAGAUUUAAAGUUGUAUGAUCCUGAUGACUCUCUCGCAGAUGAGACUAGCGGUAGUAAUGUUUGCAUCUUCAUAAUUUCAACAUACACUGAUGGCACACCUCCAGACGGCGCCACCUGGUUCUAUAAAUGGCUUGGAGAGGAAGUGUCUGAUUUUAGAGUAACCAAAACCAAACUGCGGGGCAUGAAGUAUGCUGUUGUUUCUCUUGGGAAUUCUUUAUACAAGGAGAACUUUUGUAUGGUAGGUAAGAAUGUGGAUCAGUGGUUACACGACUUGUCAGCAUCACGGUUGAUGGAUGUAGGUCUCGUUGAUGAGAAUGUUGCUGCUAGUCAACAUGGAGGUAAUGAAGCAGACUUCGCUUCUUGGAUGAAAUUGUUCUGGCUCAAUCUGGAUAACACCUCAUCGCAAACAUGUUGCAAAGAUACUGCUGAGAGUACAGGCUGCGGGGAUUGUAACGACUGCAGUGAAGACUUGUAUGAAACAACUAGUGAAGAGGAAGAAGACGACGAUGAAGAUGAUGUUGAUGGUGUUCAGAAAUCAGAUGGAGUGGUUGACCUGGAAGAUCUUGGAAAGGUCAUGAAGAAAAUGAAACAAGCCAAGGUAAAUCGUAAGAAAGAGGAAGAUGCAGCAAGUGGGAAGGAGGGAGGAGAAAAACGAGAAAUGAUUACGCCCAUUCUGAGAAAGGCAUUGGAGAAACAGGGCUAUCGGCUGAUUGGAUCACAUUCUGGAGUCAAACUCUGUCGUUGGACCAAGUCCAUGCUCCGAGGACGUGGUGGAUGUUACAAACACAGUUUCUAUGGUAUUGAGAGUCAUCGGUGCAUGGAGACCACACCUAGUCUUGCUUGUGCUAAUAAAUGUGUCUUCUGCUGGAGACAUCACACAAACCCUGUUGGUACAGAGUGGCGUUGGAAGAUGGAUGACCCUGAGACUGUGAUAGAAGGUGCUGUCAGUAACCACUGUAAUAUGAUCAAACAGUUCAGAGGGGUUCCUGGUGUUCAACCAGAGCGACUUGCUGAAGGCCUGACACCACAACACUGUGCUUUGUCUCUAGUCGGAGAACCCAUCAUGUAUCCAGAAAUUAACCGAUUUGUUGAACUCCUCCAUGACAAGGGAAUCUCAUCGUUCCUGGUGACGAAUGCUCAGUUCCCAGAUGCCAUCAGAAAUCUUGUGCCUGUUACCCAGCUGUAUGUGAGUGUUGACGCCAGCACCAAGGACAGUCUCAAGAAGAUUGAUCGACCCCUCUUUAAAGAUUUCUGGCCUCGCUUCAUCUCCAGUUUAGAAGCCCUUGGGGAAAAGGGUCAAAGAACGGUCUACCGACUGACUCUAGUAAAGGCAUGGAACACAGAUGAAAUAGACAACUAUGCAGAUCUGGUGAGCAGAGCAAAGCCAGAUUUCAUUGAAAUUAAGGGAGUGACCUACUGUGGUGAAUCUAAGGCAAGCACUCUGACCAUGAAGAACGUCCCGUGGCACGAAGAAGUCGUCUCCUUUGUCCAACAACUUGCUGACCGUCUUCCAGACUAUGAGAUCGCGUCAGAACAUGAACACUCUAAUUGCAUCCUGGUUGCGCACAAGAAGUUUAAAAUCAAUGGUGAAUGGUGGACGUGGAUUGAUUAUUCCAGAUUUCAUGACUUGAUUAAGGUGUUCAGAGAAAGCAAUGGUACACAGACUUUCAAAGCUGAGGAUUAUAUGGCUAAGACUCCAAGCUGGGCUGUGUUUGGGGCAGAGGAACGUGGCUUCGACCCCAAGGAAACCAGACAUUACAGGAAGAAGAAUAAAGAGAAGGAUGUAGGGGGCUGUUGAGGCGUGAAGGACAUUCUUGGAGUUCAAAGACAAUCCGAGACUUUUGUGAUGGCUCUGGAGAUGUCCUGGCUGUUGAGGGGUGAAGGAGACAGGUUGUAAGAAUUCAAAGGCAAUGACCGUAUCUGGGUUGUUCAAGGCAGUGUAUUAUUGUCUUAACCUCAUUCUUGCACCUUGAACAAGCACGUUGGCCAUCGCAUGUGAACUAUUUAGCGGUUUGCCAGUUGUGGGGAUGAGUGGAAACAUUCCAUAUAUCAUUGCUGAAAGGUGGUCAAGGAUGACAUCUUCAGCAUUGCAGAUUUAACUGACCGAGUCCCUUGGGCCCACAUGUUGUUAAAGAUGCCUUUGCUCGGGCAUCUCAAUGGAUCAUGCUCAACUGGUCUAAUGAUGCUAAGGUAGUCAUACAUCCAAGAGUCGAGGCCAUGGUUUGACAGCUGGCUGUUCUUUGUGAAUCGGCUGUAAUGGCCGGCAUUGGGCAUAUUCUGAUUCUACAUUGUAUUUUGUAUAAAAACCGGUAAAUGAAUGUAUUGGUGUAGAAAAGGAAGAGUUACGUUGUUUCAGUGUCACAAAUAAACACAUUCAUGAAA